UUUCUUAUUCAUGUGGAGUGUUUAAUUACGUGGGCAUGCAGGGAAAGACUUCAGCAAAAUACAUGAAGAGGAGAUUUAAGAAGUUGAAAGAAGAGAUUAAAGAGAUCAGCAGACAACAGCAAAGCAUCAGGGAAGGCCAAAGGCAAGUUGCAGCAAAAUUCAAGGCAAUCGAAGAAGAAUGUGAGCAGCUGAGGCAAGAGACUAACCGGAUUAUUCGACAAAGUGCCAACACUCAAAUCCGCCUCAGCCUGAUGUUCAAUAUCCUCAAGGCACGAGAACAAGGCGAUUUCUCCAAGGCUGCUAACUUAACUCAACUGCUUCGUGAAAUAGUAACCAGAGAUAAUGUAUCACUGUCCGCAGAUUCGUGAUUAGUCCA